AUGUCCUUCUCUAAAUCAAUCCCCCUGUCUUUCUUGCUCCUGUGUCUUUUCCACCAUGCAGCCUCUGGUGCUUCUCCGCUUUACCAUAUCUGUUUCAGCAAGGCAAACUACACUGCUGCUAGCAGUCCAUACCAUGCUAACUUGAAGACCGUGCUCAAUCUUUUAUCCACCAAAGUUCCUCCCAGUGGAUUUGGGGUCGCUUCAAGAGGUAUAGGACCGAACAAAGUGAACGGACUAGCACUAUGCCGAGGCGACGUCUCAAGCUCCAAAUGCAAGACUUGUGUUUUCGAAGCAAGCAAAGAGCUUCGUGCACGCUGCCCUAGUAAAAAAGGAGCAGUAAUAUGGUACGACCAUUGCAUGGUGAAGUACUCAAAUGGGAACUUCGUUGGGGAAAUUGAUAAUACAAACAAGUUCUAUAAGUGGAGCAUCAAGACCGUAAGCAAUCCCAGAAUAUUCAACAAGAAUGUCAAGAAAUUGUUGAGUGGCUUAUCUGAUAAAGCUUCUUCUAACCGGAAGUUUUAUAAAACUGGUGUGCUCCAACUCGAUAAUUUAAAGACGUUGUAUGGUUUAGUUCAGUGCACGAGGGACCUGUCUCGCCUGGAAUGUAAGAAGUGUCUUGACGCUGCAAUAACCGAACUGCCUAAAUGUUGUGAUGCGAAACGAGGCGGGCGCGUUGUAGGUGCGAGCUGUAACUUUCGAUAUGAACUUUCGCCCUUUGUUUAG